GCACCUCUCCUCCUCCUCCUCACUUUCAAACUAUAUGUUGCCGGUCAUCAACAGUACAACACUCAUAAACGAGCUGGAAGUCAUCAGUUGCAAAGUAAAAGCUCUCUGCCUGAACUUACAAAUACAGAUUACCCUUUUAAAAUCCAGAGUUCCUUCAUUUAAAUAUCAUGACUGGAACAGCAGUGGUUCUGAUGAGCCUGGUCCUCAUCCUCUCUGUGGGUGCAGAGGAUAAAUCAAGACUCUACCGCAGGCCUGCAUGUGGAGGUUUGAGCGUCAAUCAAGCAUGCCCUCUCAACUACUCUCCCGUAUGUGGUAAUGAUGGCAUCACAUACGUCAAUGAAUGCACCCUGUGUGUGCAGAGAAUGCACACUAAUGCAGACAUUUUGAUUGUGAGAGACGGCCGCUGCUGAGGAACUGCUCUGAGUGCAAUGUUUUAGGAGUGAAGUUUUGGAGUUUCAGCUUAUUUUUCAAAAUAUGUUUUAAAAAAUCUAACAAAAAUGGAAAUGUGACACGAUGACAGAUGACAAGCUGUGGGAAGACCAUUUGUACCUUUACCAUUUUUUUUUGCUAAUAAAAUAAACACUUGGCCUAACAAAUGUAAGACCGACCAGCUUCACUUUGUCUUGCUUUUCUUUGCAUGAUAUUUGAACUCUCUUCAAAAUUACCGAUGAAACACCUCGUUCUAUUAAAAACAUUGCUGACAGAAAUGUUUGAUUUGUGUCA